UCCCUGCCGUCUCGUUCAGGCUCCACCUCUGAACCUGCACCACCACCCACUAAAGAACCCACCCCCAGUCAACAGGCGGUGGUUGAGCCUCCUCCUGCGGCUGCUAGUCAGACACAAGAUGUGUUUGCUGCAUUCGAGGACACUGCCUCUUCCUCACCUGCCCCUCCCCCUCCCCAACAACCUCAGAAGCUUCCUGAGCCCGAUCCCUUCUCCUUCAUUGCUGAGACCACACCUCCUCCCACCUCCUCUUCAGCCACAACCCACCAGACACUGUCCAAGGAGGAGACUAGCAUGUUUGAUCCUUUUGAGGAGGCAGUGAAAGCUGGAACUACUCCAUUUGAUGCCCCCUCCUCCGACCCAUCUCCGCCCGUUGCCACUCAGACAAACACUGUCCCCCUGGCAGCGAGCAUUCCUACCCCGUCUCCUAACAACGACCCCCAGCUCUCCGGGAAACUGGCGGCAGCUGAGGAAAAGAUGAGUCUUCUUGAGAAAGAGAAGCAGAGGAUCCAACAUGAGCACGAGGCCCUACUGAGGAGUCGGGAGGACACAGAGAAACAACUAGAGGAGCAGAAGAAACUAUCAGCAGCACUGGAACAGGAGAGAGCAGAAUCUGAGGCCAGGGUUAAAGAGGCAGUUGAAGCUACUGCUGCAGAGCAAAAGGUGGAGCGAGCCGCUAGCGAGAAGGCAGUAUCGGCAGUGUUGGCUGAAGAGAGAGAGAAAAACUCUGCCCUACUGGCUGACAUCAAGGCAGAGGAGGCAGGUCGACGGAGACAAUUGGAAGCUGUGGACUUGUUCCUGGAGACGGCUCGUGGUCACCUCCGUACCCUGACCUCUGACCCUGCAGGUGGCGGGCAGUCAUCUGUCACUGAUCCAACCGACUAG